AUGAUCAACAUUUUUCUCGAAAUAAAUGAAAAAGGGAAUGAUUGCUUAACUAUAUGUAAAUGUCCUAUAAGUCAUAUAUUAAUAUCUAUUUUCAACAAAAAACAAAAAAAAAUCGAGCGAGACAAUCUACAUGAAAAUAGAGAUUUUUCAAACCAUGUGGUUUCUCUAACUUCAAGUACCUAUGGUGCUCUCAAACUUGACAAAGAAACUCAUCAGUUAUUUGAAGAAAAUCAGCAACAAGAAUUGCAGGAAAGCAUCGAAAAGUUUGUGGUUGAAGCGAAGAAAUCACCGCCUCGUGAAGAACCUUCGGAGAUUAUAAAUACUUGGGAGCUUAUGGAAGGGCUUGAAGAAGAAGGUCCAGGUUCUGUUCGAUCCAAGAGAAGCCCAAAAUCAAGAAUUUUUCUUGAUGGAAGAAGCCCCUUAAAGUUCUUGAAUCAAAUGGGUUCUCCGAUGAAGUUUAAGAAACUUGGAGGAAAAGAGAAUAAGGAAAGAGUUAUCGGAUCAACAGAAAAUAGCCCUAAAACAUUGCUGAAAGAAUGCAAUAGUUUGAAGGAGAAUUCGAGGAAACCUUCACCAAGGUUGUGGGUUUCAUCAAGGAGGAGUUUAGGCCCACUGUUUAAUCCAGAACCAGUGGCAUCUCUAGAAAAAGAGGGAUCUAAAGAGGAAGAAAUGGUGAAGAAGAUUGUUUCAUCGACAUACAUUACUCGAAAAUGGAAGAGAUUCCAGGAUUCAGAGUCCAUUCUUGAAUCAUUCAGCGAAAAAUGCCCACCAGGAGGUGAAAAUGCAGUUAUCAUAUACACCACCACAUUGAGGGGCAUUAGGAAGACCUUUGAGGAUUGUAACAAGGCUCGAUCAAUCAUCGAAUCGCACGAUGUUCAAAUGCUUGAGCGCGAUAUAUCGAUGCACGCAGUUUUCAAGGAAGAACUAAGAGGUCUAAUUGGUACAAAAGAUGUCAAAGUACCAUUAGUGUUUGUGAAGGGAAGGUUGAUUAGUGGGGUUGAUGAGAUAGCAAAGCUGGAUGAGGAGGGUAAAUUGGAAAUUUUGUUCGACGGAAUCCCCCGGGCAGCUGCCGGGUGUCGCAGAUGUGGCGGGUUCCGGUUCGUGAUGUGCACGAGGUGCUAUGGCAGCUGUAAGGUAUUGGAUGAGGGAAGGAAGAAGACUGUCAAGUGCAGUGAAUGCAAUGAGAAUGGAUUGAUUCAGUGUCCAGUGUGUUGUUAAUUAUGUAAGUUAACAAGCUUUCAGUAGAUCAACUUUCCUACAUUGAUUUCUAUUCUUUAUUAGUGAAAUUUGAACUCAGGACUUUCGUUAUAGAGACGGGAUUCUAAAAAUGGAUUUAGUUCCCCUAUCGAGUAGAGCAUCAGGCAUGUAUCGUGGAUAUUAAGGUUUAAAUUGUGGGUAGUUUGCUCCAUUGUUGUCCUGUAUAUUUUGUCUGUGGUUUUUGUUGUAUUGUUUUUUGAGAAGUGUGGAAUAUUUGGAAUGUUGUUCCAUUGACAAUUUGCGGUUUUGGAAUGAAUGAUAAACUCCAUA